AUGGACCUCCUUGGACCCUUCUGCCCUCGAUGCAGUAACCCCGCCGUUGACGACCAAGGCAGCUCCUGCAUUUUCUGUCUCGACUACUCUGUCGACCUGCUCUCUUCCCUGUCUGAGCCUGAUCUUGACCCCUCCCUUGCAGACUGCGACGUCAUCCUCCCGCAAGAGCUCAGCGCUGAGAAGCGAUCGAGCCGCCGGUGGAGCCCCGACGCGAGGGAGAAGCACAGCCUUGCCUGCGCGGGCAAGCCCCGGCUGGACACGCAAGAGAAGAUCGACAUAAUCCGGCUCUACUACCAGUCGCCCUGCUCGACUAAGGGCAGGCGCUCCUUCAACCAGUGGACCAUCGCCAGAGCCUACGGGAAGAGCCGGGCAGCCAUCAGCAAGAUACUCAAGCCCGACAACGCGCUCCAGGUACUGUCGUCGGCGGAGGCGAGAAGCUUGAACGUGACGGAGCGAUGGGCCAUCACUCGGAGCAUACAGGAGGAGCGGAGGAGGAAAGACGAGGGGAAGGCGCUGUCCAAGCAGCAUACAAAAGAGCAGGCACCUCGUCAGCUAGAAGGGUCCGUUCUGUCUUGA